CCGGUAGGCGGGGGUUUGCAAGACGAACUGAACUCUCUGGAGCUAUGUCUGCCCCGAACGAUCACGAAGAACAGUACGACGGUGAUGGUGAAGAAGCCUACAUCGAAGGAGAGGAGAUUCUGGCCGUGUACGACCUCCCCGAGGAUGGCGACCACCCGAUGGAUGAGGACGAAGAUGAGGCUGCAGACCAGCUCGGGGAUCUCCCGGGAUCAACAUCUGGUGCUUUUGACGAGGCCAACUACGAGAACAACUCCAUCCAGCAAUUCACGGAGCAUGGGGCCUCCGUUUUCUGCGCUUCGGUACAUCCAACCCAACCUCUCGCAGUGUCUGGCGGAGAAGACGAAGUUGGCUACAUAUGGGAUAUCACGACGGGUCAGGCGGUGGUUAAAUUGACUGGUCACAGCGACAGCAUUGUGGCCGUGGAGUGGAGUCACGAUGGCGAGAUGAUUGCUACGGGCGGGAUGGACGGCAAGACGCGGAUAUGGCGGAGAGUAGGAGCCACCAAGGGUAAAGCUGCGGAGGACUGGAGUACGUGGGAGUUCCUAACCGAGCUGUAUGGGCCCAAUGAAGUUACGUGGCUCAAAUGGCAUCCCAAGGGACAUGUUCUUCUCGCGGGAUCGCAAGACCAGUUGGUUUGGAUGUGGCAAUUACCUUCCGGCCGUGUCAUGCAGGUUUUUGGAGGUCAUGCUGCCCCGGUAUGUUGCGGCACAUUCACACCAGACGGUAAACGCAUCGUGACCGCCGACGAAGACGGGACCUUCAUCAUUUUUGACCCUCAUAAAGAGUCACCGCUGUUCAAGCUCUCUCCGACCGAUGCGCGGUUCGACCUUGACGGGAUCACAGCCCUCGCGGUCAACCCCUCGAGCACGCUUGCGGUUGUAGGCGGUGCCGCUGGUGAUGUGCGCAUCAUCAGUUUGAGCAAGGGCGAGAUCGUCGGCAGCCUUCCUGGUCACAAGGCUGGCGAGAGCGUCGAGGCCAUAACUUUCGUCGAUAUUGGGGUCGAGGGCGUCGAUGUCGUCGUCACAGCUGGCACUGACUCAAAGGCGUACGUAUGGGACGUCGUCACUAUGCGCCUUCGGGCAACCUUGGAGCAUGAAGAUCCAAUUACCAGGCUUAUCACGCAUCCGGCUCAACCGCAUAUCCUGGUGUCCGGCUCUGCCGAUAUGACCCUUCGAUCCUGGGAUGCACGGUCGGGCACGUUAUUAGCGGAGCAUAAGGGCCAUCGCGCUCCCGUCUUGGAUGCCUCACUGGGAAUGGAAGGCAAGGUUUUGGUCUCUGCCGGAGACGACGGCGCGUGCUUGGUCUUCACGACGCAGUGACGGUCUCAGCAGCGACUUCUUGCCAUCGGUGUACAUAUCCACCGACAUUUAUCGCUUUGUUCCCCAUGAUGAUUUGUCUACAUACAAUCAUAAUGCUUGACACAAUGUAGCUCGCGAAUGCGUUGCGCUGUACACGUGUCUGAUACCGAUUCACCGUCGGCAAGUACUGGAGGCAGCUAGAUAUUUAAUGCAAUACCCUGUAACCCAGGCUCGCCACUAGUGCGAGGCCCUGGAGCCCGGCUGUUCCGGUAUUUGGACCGCACCGGUUAAUACUACCUACCUAACCACCCUGGCUUCCUUGGUUAGCCGUGAUAUGAGCGCGACUUGGGUGCAGUCCCGCUCCCUCGGCUUAUGCGUUCCUACAUAUUCCUUUGAACACAAGUUACGCCUCACCCCAUCUGUGCAAAAGGGAACAGGAAAUAUGGUGUUGCCGAUGUAUUCCAUAUUUCGGUAUGGUGCAGCUCUGAACACGGAAUCCGCAUAGGAGCGAAUACAACCUCAACACCGUGAGUGAUGGUUCUCCCGCGAAGUGCCGGGCUUCACUUGUCCUAGUUGCCGCUCGACCUGAUUGCCGCAAGUGCUACCAGCACGUCAUGUCUCAUGCUUUGGGCCACCUGGUCAUGCUGAAAUUUUGGAGUCCCGUAGCUUUCUCCUUGUCCUUUGAAGCAAUGCCAUCAGGCCCCACUUUACCACGUCCAAAAACCAUGGUAGAAUUCUCCUCGAAGCCAAGAUGCUGGUAGCGAUCACGGGCUGAUGGCCCGCUGGCAUCCAACAUGUGUAUCUGGUCAGGAGCGAAUGCAAACUGGUCUCGGAUAAGCAUGGAGAGAUAUCCCUUUCCCUGGAAGUUCGGAUCCGUCCAAGCUAGCUGGAGAAACCACGUUUGCUUGGGCGACUGUUUGAUCCCCUUGGCUUUGAAGGCGUUCUUGGCCGCGUGCUCGGAUGCGGGCUCAUAUUCGAGGGCGAGUCGCUUGAAUCCUUUCCAUCCCCAGCCCGCGAGUGUAGGGAGCACUCCAGCGCGUAUGAAGGUCGCAAUCUUCCAAAGGUCUAAACGAGACCCCGGCUGUAGCCAUAGCGUUCCCGCCACGAUCUUCCAAGAGCCAUCCUCCUUGGGCACGACAAUGACUGUAUUCCGAUGUUUGCAUAGGAAAGCGCCUUUGAUGAUGAAAUGCAGGACACGGAUCAGGUUACGUCGAUCCCUUGUGGAUUCCGGGUUGGCCAUGGGAACAUGAGCAUCGGCGCAAUAGUGGAACAGGGCGUUGUCCAAAAAGGCGCGCGUUGCAGUUUCGACUAGUUCGUCGAGCUGUUGGAGGGUAGCCAGUUGAAGUUGAGCUCCACCUGGAGCGUUGGUAGCGUCGGGCAUCAAGACAACAGCGGCAUGGACUGUGGCUCGUAGAGGCAGCCGUUCGCUGUGUAUUUUAUUGUAUGGCUACGGCCCAGCUGCCG